UGGUUGGUGCAGCGUCGGCGGAGGGCAAAAAUUGUUUUGUUAAAUGAAUAGUUUGCAAGAAUUUGUAAAUGAAAACUAUUCAUGACCGAUUAUCAAACAGCAUCAGUGAAUGUUUCGACUAACGCGUGGAACGAUUCAUGGCUUAAUUCCAAUCUAAAGUGUUGAUAGUGAGCAAUUUUCGACGAUAAGUACUACCGGCUUGCACCAUGGCGAAUCGUACCGUAAAGGAUGCAAAGAAUGUUCAUGGCACGAAUCCGCAAUAUUUGAUCGAAAAGAUUAUCCGCUCCCGCAUAUAUGAUUCCAAAUACUGGAAGGAGCAAUGUUUCGCCCUUACCGCCGAACUGUUAGUGGACAAAGCCAUGGAGUUACGAUUUGUCGGCGGUGUAUUUGGAGGAAACAUCAAACCAACGCCGUUCCUGUGUCUUACGCUCAAGAUGCUACAGAUCCAGCCGGAAAAGGACAUUGUGGUGGAGUUUAUAAAGAACGAAGAGUUCAAAUAUGUACGUGCGCUCGGUGCGUUCUAUUUACGGCUGACGGGUUCGUCGCUCGAUUGCUACAAGUAUCUGGAACCGCUCUAUAACGAUAAUAGAAAAUUGCGAAAGCAAAACCGGAUGGGUGCGUACGAGCUUAUCCACAUGGAUGAAUUCAUCGAUGAGCUGUUGAGAGAUGAGCGCGUGUGCGAUAUCAUUUUACCACGCAUCCAGAAGCGCCACGUGUUAGAGGAAAACAAUGAGUUGGAACCGAAAGUAUCCGCGUUGGAGGACGAUUUGGAUGAGGAGAUGCCGAGCGAAGAUGAGGGGAUUGAGGAGACGCCUGCCCAGCCGACGGUGAAGGAGAAAAAGGUUGAAGUGUCCAAAGUUAAGGGUAGCAACAAACGGAUAGAGCGUUCUGUUUCCCGAGAACGGCAACCGAUGGAACGGUAUCGUAACUACGACAGUGGUAAUUACCGUGAUCGUGACAAUGAUCGAGACAAAGACCGAGAACGCGAACGAGAGCGCGAUCGUGAAAGGGAUUUUGAUCGCGAUCGAGACCGGUACCGAGAGGUGGAUCGUCGUGACCGCCGAGAUCCAUACGGUGAACGUGAUCGCCUUAAGGAGCGCGAACUGCGAGACAGGGAGCGUGAAAGACACCGGCGCCACGAACGUCAGGAGGAACGGGAACGCGAACGACGCAGAGAGCGGGACAGGGAUCGCGAUCGCGAUCAUGACGAUAGGUCGCGUGCCCAUGAUCGAGAGCGACGAAGACGAUAGAUUGUGUGUGGGUGUGUGACGAUAAAAUAUAUGUACAACAAAAAAUCGCUGUACAGA